ACACAUGAAGACGGCAGACAGUGAGUGAGCAAGAGAGAGAGAGACAGGGAGAGGGAGGGAGGGAGUCAGUGUUAGUAGAGCGCAGACAGAAGACAGGCACUAAAGGAGGCUGUCGGACAGAAACACCACGAUCAUGAGUCAGAAACACACUGCAGUAUAGAGACACACACUGAGGAGCAAACAACAGCAAGACGGCGACUGAAGGAGCCUGUGUUUGAAUCUGUGAGACAGACAGACAGACAGAGAAAGAGGCUGCCGUCUCUUGGUCUUCUCCCCGUUGGUGUGAGGUUGUGGCAGGCAUGGCGUCGGAGCCGGGCACCCAGUCCAGAGUGAUGUUUCAGACCAAAGUGGAGGAGCCUGCCCAACGCAAACUGGGCAAACUGACGGUCAAAUACAACCGCAAAGACCUCCAGAGGAGGCUGGACAUCGAGGAGUGGAUCGACGGGCAGCUGCACCUGCUGUACGGCUGCGAGGAGGAGGAGGUUCCCGAGCUGGAGAUCGACAUCGAUGAACUUCUAGAGCUGACAGAUGCAGAACAGAGAUCUCGACUGCACGAGCUUUUGCAAGAAUGUGGAAAGCCAAAGGAGGACUUUAUCAACGGUCUGCUGUACCGGAUGAAGGGACUGCGGAAGAUGUCAGGAUCUCUGAAGAAAUAGUUUUAGGUCAAAGGCUGGAUUUUUCAAGAUAAUGUGAAGCACCCGGCCACGCCCCUAACCCCACCCACAACAAUAAGCCCCGCCCACUCCUCCUGUCUGUACUGUAGAGCGCUGUGAGUCUGUCUGUGGACGUUUCUUUAAGUCACCGCACUCAUGGGUCAACGACAGACACUUCCAGAAACUGUGUUUUUGACCACUAAUAAUUCUGUCGUUUCUCCAGCAUUGCAAAUAAAACUAAUGGCCUAUUAUUACUUAAAUGAG